GCACCGACAUCGCGCCCGCAGCCUCGCCCGGCCCGGCCCCGCCGCCGCUCCGCCCCGGGACCGCCCGCAGGGGCGGGGGCAGCGUUUGAACGCGGGGCGGCGGCGGCCAGAGCAGAAGAAAUUUGGCUGCAAGCUGAAAAUCAUGACUGCAACCUAUCCUGGGUAAAGGUACUCUGCGACUGCCAGCGUUUUAGUCUGUUGUUGGGUCAGUUACCUUUCUGUGUAUCAGUGCUGAGGCCCCAUGAGUGGCUGGUCCCCGCUAUUUAUGGCUGGAGCAAACACUGUGGAAGAGCAGAGGGCUCGCUGGGAGAGAAAGCGCAGCCGUACAGCCAAGGAGCUGCUGGAAACUGAACACAAAUACCUUGAACAGCUGGAUUUGGUGGUCACAUUCUUUGUGACAAUUUUAAAGGCCAAAGGGACACUGAAACCUGCUGUGUUGGAAACCAUAUUUGGACCCCUGGAAUCCAUAUAUUCAGCCAGCCAGGUUCUGUCACAGCACCUGGAGAGACGGAAUUUGGGACUAGGAUUGGAGAAUUUCUGUCAGAAUCUGGAGCUUUACGGCCACUAUGCUGAGAAUUUGGAACAGGCAAAUAAAAACUUGAAGGAGCAAUUGAGGAAAAAUAAAUCAUUCCGACGGUUUAAGAAACUCCAGGAGUCUCGACCUCAGUUUCAGGGGAGGAAGCUAGAGGAUCUGCUUUCUUUACCCCUGCAGAGGCUGCACCAGUACAAGCAUUUCCUCAGAGACCUGCUGGAGAACACCUGCCCAGACUGCGCCGAGUACCAGGAACUUGCAAAGGCUGUGAAAUCUGUUUCUGAGGUAUCUCAGUGGGUCCAAGAUGUCAUUCAUAAGAGAGAGAACUCCUUGCAGCUACUUCGGGUUCAGAAACUGCUCAAGGGACAGAAGACUCAGGUUUUGACUCCAGGGCGGUGGUAUAUCCGGGAAGGCUGGCUUUUGGUGGUGCCUUCAAAGGGAGAACAACUGAAGCGCAGGAUGUUCUUCCUUUUUUCUGAUAUCUUUAUUGCAACAAAGACCUGCCACCCACUUCACCCGCUGAACUCGAACAAACUGGAAUGCCGAGCUGUCUACCCGCUUCACCAGUGUGUAGUGGAUAAAGUGUUCGGCCACACGCAAAGCCAGGGAGGGGUCCUCAGUGCCCUCCCGAGAACUUAAGGCUACAGGUCUCUGGUUGCUUUGCUUAGACCAAGUGAGGAGGCUCUGAUAAGACUCUGGCAUGCCCUCAUCACAGCCACAUUUGGGGGAAAAGCCCCACAGUCGUGUGACAGUGAGUAGGUAGCAUUACACUGAACACCAACGGAGAUUGUAGAAAACCCUGACAGAGAAUGCGAGAAGUUGUGGGUAUUGUCACAAGAGAGAUUGCUUACGCAUCUGUGAGGCCUUUGACUGGGGCUAUUGCUUUGGAUAGGGUUUUCAAGUUCAGGUCUUCCUGGGCAGCAGUGCUGGGCUGUGUUAGCUCAUUAUUUGAGAGCUCUGUUGGAUGGAAAAGAUUCUUUGGGCAAGCUGCAGUCUGCAGGUGGUGGUAGUGGAAGAACCCCUAGAGGCAGAAAAUUGGAUGAGAGCUACGAAGAACUGUAAUUGCCCACUUCAAAACACACUACUAAGUCAAAGCAAGGUGUCAUCUGUGGUGGGAAGGAAUGGACAAGACUGGCACUUGCUCUGUACUGCCCAGCCUCUGGCUUAUCCCAGUACCAACGCUAGAUUUUUCAGUCUAGGAAAGCAGAUGGUGUAAAUUAGCAUGUGGAACUGAGCUGAGCUCAGUGGUGAUGGCACUCCUUUUAUCACAGUUGCUGCCUUGGCAAGGAAUGCCACAAAGUGGCACUAGAUUCUGUCUGCCUUUCAGCUCUCCUUUCCACACAAGACACUGCUAUUGAUGUCCAGCGACCAAGAAGAUAUUAAUGACUGGUAUCGGAGUCUCACAGCUGCAGUCAGGUAGGCAUCUUGUUUCCCAGAGGUGGAGGGGUCUGAGGGAAGGGAGCAGAACAUAAAAAUGAUAACAUGGACCUGUAUAUUUGCAUGUAUUGCAUGGCUGAUAGAGAGGAACUGGGUACAAGGGAAUAAUAGUAAGAACAGACUUCAUGUGUUAACAGCAAACUUCUGCUUUGUUUUCCUCUGCAGGCAGCUGAAAGCCUGACCCUCCCGAGUACAAGUUAGACUGGCAGGACAACUCCAAAAGGAGUCUUAGAGAGUUUAUUUGCCAGCAUUCUUGGCAUCGCCAUCUCUCUUGGAAGAAGCCUACACAAUCUUAGGAAAUGUUCAGGGAUGCAAAAUGGGGGAAUUGCUUUUAGGGGAACUACACACUGCUUGUGAGAUUUUGCAUGCUUUGUCAGCUGUCCUCAUCUUUAUAUAUAUUGCAAAAAAUAGGUAUGCGCACUAAGGAUUUGUAUAUAAAAAACCUGUAUCAAGACUUUUCCCCUUAGCUUGGAUGCUUCUAGCUUUUCUACACUUUUUUUUGUCUUGAGAUUAUUAAUUUAAGGACAAGCAGAAGACAGCCUGACUUGCCUCAUUAAAUGUUUUUAUCUAACCGUAUUUCUAAAUUGGUGUUUUCACAUUUACUUGUCUAUGUAUAUAUGUUCCUGCUUCUGGGUCCUUGGAUCAAAGUGGAUGCUUGGGUUAACGGUGACAUAGAAUCAUAGAAUGGUUGGGGUUGGAAGGGACCUUAAAGAUCAUCCAGAUCCAACCCGCCUGCCAUGGGCAUGGACACCUCCCACCACAGCAGGCUCUUCAAGUCCCCAUGCAACCUGGCAUCCCUGGGCAACCUGUGCCAGUGCCUCACCACCCUCAUCGUGAAUAAUUUUUUCCUAAUGUCUAAUUAAAAUCUUUUCCCCUUCCAAUUUAAAGCCAUUCCCCCUUGUCCUAUCACUACAUGCAUUGUAAACAUGGGCAUAACACUGCUAUUUUCUGGUAGCACUAUGGGGCCACAGUCAUCUUCCUCUCUGGAUGCUUUUAUCAUUCACAUCCUCGGGUUUUCUACUACCAUAGUUUGACGGUUAUUGUCCCUCCUCCUCUAACAAACUGACAGGUGCGCAUUUCAGGGGAAGAUAAUUCAAUGGCUAAAAUCCUCCCUCUCUUUCUCAUCAAUCCCACAGAUAUGCUAAUCAGUGAACUACCUGAAAUAAACUGGUGGGUAACAUAGUGAAACAGCACUUAUCAAACACUUACAUAACAGCACUCACAUUUCUAAUCUGAUUCCCAAGAGGUGACGCAGACAAAACAGCACUCGCUUUUGCCUUCAAGGUGUGCUCUACCCCUACCACUGUGAAAUGCCACAGCGAAAAGUUUGGGCAGCACCUCUGCUCCUGAUGGGAGUCUCCAGAGGGCCACAGUAAGCAUUCUGGGUCAUCAAUGUGCUAGGAUUCAGUUUACUAGGAUAGAAGACCAAUUUAAGGAAGAAAUAUAGACAAGGUAUUCUUGAGAGUUUCAUUAGAGCCUUAGUACAUAAUGUGGAAGCUCUGCUGCAAUAGCAGUUUGGUUCAUCUACUGAGGGGGAAAACAUCUAUGAAUGAGGUGUAAAGUCAAAUGCAAACAGGGCAAUUUCAAGGUAAUCAGAAACAAUGGAUGUCUGUCUGAAUGCCCAGUCUGUAGCAGUUUGACUGUUUUUUCCUCUUCCUUAAACAGUACCACUCAUUUUUAAUUUAUCACUGGAAUUCAUUAAAACAGAAGUGGUUUCUGUGUGAGAAAAGUGCCCUGAAGACAGAUACCAAACUUUAAGUUCUUUACCAUCACUUCAUUUUCUUUUGUGUAUUUCCGUACAGCUCACUCACUACACAGAAUCACUCAUUUGUCUUUAAGUUUGUGAGAGAGAAAGGAACCAGACAUGCUUGGGUUUGGUUGGUCAUCUUCUCACUCAAAAGCUACAGCUAAGACAUUCGAGUACCAACUGUACUUAAAAACAAAGCUAGCAAUUUAAGUUUCUAAUCUCCCAGCAGUUGUAUCACACUCAAAAAAGCUCUGCAAUGACUUCUUUUUGUUCUAACAGGGCAACACAGAUUUUUUGCGACCCUACACUUAAGACUGAGAUGUCUACCAUCCUCUUCGUAGAGGCAACCAUUAUUCCUGCCCAUGUUGCCUUCAUAUUCUAAAAAGUCCCUUUGGUACUGCCUUAAGACUUAUCUCAGUGCUACUAUCCUACUUCCACUCAGUGCUUCUGGAAUAGCAAAACUCACUUGAUUUUUCCCUGCAUUUCCUGCCCUGAAAGGCUGUGCGCUGGCUUACAGAAAGCAACAUAG